AUCUUAUUCUCCAUUUCAAUAUUCAAACUGUCCCGCCACGAUUGGUCACGUGACAAGUGUGAAUUAGUGACUGGUUUGACACAUUGACUUGCCAUUUUUGAAUCUGGCAUAGAUGCAGAUGAGAUCUGAAUGACAUUAGGGUUUUUUCCCUCAUUUGCAAUGACAUUAGGGUGAAUAAAUAUUGACAGAAUUGACAUUUUGUGGGUCAGCUGCAUUUGUGAUUGCUUAUAUAAUGUGCACAUGUUUUUGAAGAUUCCUGCACCAAUGGGUUUUUUUUUGUGGAAAUCUCUCUCUUUCUUAUCCGUGUUACAAUGGCUUGAUCCUGUGGGAGUAGUGACAAGGCACAGGAAUUUCCAGUAGAGGCAGCAGGGAAGUCCCUCAAAGAGAGUAUAAAUUGAUGGCAGGCCAUUCAGCACUUACACACAGAAACACUCUCAUCAUGACGCUGAUAGCUUAUGCUUUGCUGGCUUUCAACCUCAGUAUCCUUCUAACAGUCCAAGUGGUGGAGAGUCAACAUGUUCCAAAGACCUGUCAGUGUCCACAGACCAAAAUAAAAGUCAGGGGACCAUUUUCAAAUUUCACAGUCACUCCAAAAGGACCUACCUGCUUACAGGAUGAGAUCAUAGUCAUACGGCAGAGGAACAAUAACUCUGUGUGUCUCAGUCCGGAAGGUGACCAAGGCAAAAGACUUCUGGAAUGUUGGCAAAGGAUGCAAAGGGAUGGCAAGGACAAUAAAAGAUGCUUACGCCAAUGGAAGCCCAGGCAAAGAAGGAGGAUCCAGGCAAAACCCACGGUUACAUCUUAACCUCGAAUACUAAUCAGAUGGAGUCAGAGAACCUAAGAGACUACCACAGAAGAAUACUGUACAAAGCCUGUACAAAGUGCUGUGGUGCCACUGUACUUUAACAUGCACUAAACAAGCCAAGGACAUAAGAAAAAGCUGAAAAGGAGUGCACAUGUGUACUGAGGCCAAAGGAACGGCAUAUAAUGAAGGCGUGUUGCAACAGGGACAGUAACUAAACCUUGACAUAUUAUGCAGGGAUGAGUUGAGCCCUGCUAUUCAAGUCUAACGUAUCGUACAGUUUGGAGACGGAUAUUUAUGUUUAUUAUAAAUAUAAGUAUUCAUUGAUUUAAAAAAUGACAUAAUAUUUUUAUAUGAUAUAAUAUAAAAAUACAUUAAUAUAAUAAACAAAUUAUUUGAUUUAAUAAUUUUUGUGUUGUUGUUUGCAAAGCAUUGUAUAUAUCGGUAUCUGCAAGCAUUACAAUACAGUGAAUAUACAUGUGGGAGGAAUGAUACUGGUGAAAAAUUCCUUGUAUGUUUUGCAUACUUGCCAAAUAAAAACGAUCAUACAAAAGGAAAA